AUGUCAGUUACCGUUGAAGGUGCUCAUGUGGAAUGCCUGAUAUGUGCCUCACCAUGUGAAGCGUUGGUGUUGUUUCAGUGCGGCCAUUACGUCUGUUAUAUUUGUGGUCUGCACAUUCACUCACUGGAUAACGGCGGUUGCCCAAUGUGCAGGGAAUGCGGACCCGUUCUUGUCACACGCGAUAUCCCCGGUGGACUUAACCCCGGUCAAGAUAAGGUGAGUGCGGAGGUUAUCCGUCAGUUGACCGACGAAUCGAUAGUUGAUAGUGUCCUUCAGUGCAAAGUGCAUGGUAGGGUGUUAGCGCAAGAGUUGAAAAAGUUAUACGAGUUUGUCUGCCCUGUUCCCAAGUGUUGGCGCAGAGGUGAACAGGAACCUUUUUGCGAACAACAUCAUUUACAUGCGCACUUGAAAUAUGACCAUGAAGUAAGCUAUUGCCCUAUUUGCCUCCAACAUCGCUCUGUAUUCCUUGCUGAGCAGAUGGUUUACUCCCCCGAGGCACUUUGUUUACACAUGGUGGGGGAAUACGAACACGAUCCGGCAUCAUUUCUUGGUCACCCGCCUUGCCGCUUUUGCAAAGGCAUGCAUAUGUACGAUGAGGACCAUUUACUAAAACACAUGCGGGAAAGACACUUCACGUGUGAUAUUUGUAACCGUGGAGAAUUUCGCUUUACUUAUUACGAGAACCGUGGAAAGCUGCUGAUGCACUUUAAGCAAGCGCACAAAAUAUGCGAUCAUAAGCAGUGCUCCGAACUUGACCCAAUGAUGCGGGUGUUUGCCUCAGAUUUGGACCUCGCUGUGCAUAAGCAGCGCGUGCAUGGAAUUCGCUCGCGCCUUACCAUGUCUCCUGGCGCAGGUCCGGAUAGUGUCCCAGUAAAUCCUGCGGUUCCGGCAACUGGAACUAACGCAAAUGCUGUUCACAUUAUUUUUGACCACAUAAAUAGGCAAGAAACCUUGACGUUGGUCCCAUCUAGGGAAGAGGAAAGUAAAAAUCAGAGGCGGUCUUUCGGUGGCAGUGGUAAAAACAAGAAGGGCAGGAAAAUUUUUGUUGAUAUUGCUCCACAUAACGUUACAGGGCUUCCUCAACACUUUAGGUCAAAAAAUAUUCUUGCACCGAUUCUAUACAGGGGUACGGAGGGGACAUCUUCAGAUGAACAACGUGAAACAUCUGUGAGUGGCCAAGUGACGCAGUUGCUGACAAGAGCAUUCGGUGUCACGGAGAGUGAAGAAACGUACAACAACAAAAACAAUGUACCGUUAAAUCCUGAGGAGCAGAAGCGUAAACUUACCGAUGCCAUUCAGGAAGAAUUGAAAGACCAGCGUCGGAUAACGCAGCUUCACUGCUGCACCGCUGACUUCAUCGAUGGGAAAAUGCUCACAACGGAGUAUUACAACCAACUUCGGACUCAAUUCUUUAUAACAGAUGAGUCCUUUAAGGCCGUAUUUCCACUCCUGGUCGCAACAAUGCCGGUAACUGACAAGCGGGAUGCGUUGAUUCACGUCGAUAAGAUGCGAAAUGCUCCCGAAAUGAGGCAGGCUCGUCGGGCCCGAGAAGAGAUGAAGAAAGAGGAAACGGAGGAAGAGCAAGUGAAUAAGCAGAAAAAUAUAGGGCGCAACAAUCAACAGUGGCCCAACCGUCCUGGCAACAAGAACAAUAACAACAAUAGGAAUAAAAAGGGGCCGCCGAACGUAUGGAUGGAGAGGGCCAAGCGAGCUGAGGCUGACGCGCAGAAUAACAGGUCUCUAGCGGCUAGUAGCGCUGCCGCACUUGUUUCCGGUGUCGGUAAUGCAAGUAACAACAACAACAAUAAUAAUAAUAAUAACAAUAAUGAUACUUCUAUUACUUCUUCUUCUCAAGAGGUCGUUUCUCUCAUUGCGGGGUCAACGUGGGGAGCUGCUCGUCAGCAGCGAGGUGGGGCCCCGGGGCGUCAGGCGACUGAAGCGCCCGCUCGACCAUCAUCAGGAGGUGCCUUCAUUAAUGCCGAGGAUUUUCCGGCACUUCCUACAGUAGCGACCCGCAGGGUUCCCCCAAGUGUGCGAACAAAGCGGAGCAACCAGCUGAAUGCGUGGCACCUCCCGAUCGUAGAGAAGUGCGGUGCAGUUUCCAUCGCUUUUCCCUUUUUCUCUUUUUUCCCCCUUUUUACUAUCGUGCACAUGUUGAGCAACUACGGGUAUUUUGGAAAGGAGUUACUGUGGUUUGCAGAGGGCUCGAAAACCGUGCUACUGUUCAUUUGUCUUUGGUCCUCUUUUUACGCACUUUCAGUCAAUUGUUUGUUGCUUUCAGCAUGA